GCGGAUAACACCGACCGAAUUCUUCGAAAGAAACUYCUUGGAGUUCGAUUGGUAUGYUGUCUGUGGUUAGCAUACGGUCGAGGCCAUGAAGACAUUGGUAARAAAGGGCUCUCCGRCCGUCGACGUCUAUGGCCUUSGCGCGUASUCUAASGUGCGGGUCGUCUAUUUUGGAGAUGAGCAGACGCGAGGGUAUUUCAAUGUCUCCGCCUUCGACAACAUGCGCGAAAAUCGGGCCAUGAUGUUGUCCUUCGAGGAUGCUGUCCRUGAUAUGAGGCAAUGGUGGAUCGAUAACCAUCGAAUCGAGGCCCCGAAAGGCAAGGUCAGCGAUAAGGAUGAGGUCGCCGUUGCGCACCAAAAGAAGUGGCAGAAUUUCUUAAGGGCCUCCAUGCGGAAGGCAUGCGACAAGGCGUUCGUGAAGCAAGCACUCGAGAAUGAGUACAGUAAGGACUGGAGCAAUAAACUCCGUGGYYACAUGAACCUCGCCACAUCCACCGAGGCAGUGUGGCCACUGGUCGAGAAGUUCAACGAGGGGAAGCUGCCAGUUGGCGAUGGUAAAAUACCGCUUGACAUGCCGGGUAGGAUGGAGGGGCGCCAGCCAGGCCUGUACACCGACGAGACGAAUAGGCAAAGAACAUUAUACCAUUGCAUAUACGCGAGAGAUGGUCCCAAAAGUUUUGGGGAUUUGACGUGCCGCGAGAGGGAAGUUGCACUGCUCCUCCUCAUGAAAGGGAAGGUGGUCGCGACGAACGUUAAGGUCAUGCCUCUUAGAGUGAAUACGGAGUGCCUCCUCGACAUCAUGCGCAAGGAACAGUACAUGGUCCGUAUGUUCAACUACGUUGUUUUUCACGCCGAGGGAAGGGCGGACGAUGAGUGGAAUGAUGCCUUCUUCAUGUCAAACAAGGGAAGGGCGGACGGAGUGCCUCCUCGAAGACAGGUGCAAAGYGAUGUUCUGCGUUGCUUAUUCCAGUGGGAGGACAUCGAACUCAUCCYCGGGACCUGGAAACGGGUGGACAGGCCAUCGAAUGACGUCACGAGGUAUGGCAAUAUCACGACUGCGAGUCAGGACAUGAUGGCCAUUGUCCUGCACGUGGAGGGAGGGGAUCUCAGAAAGGUCACGGUCGCACCCCGCCUUGUCAAUGACCUCACAAACGUGCAUGUUGUGGAGGACAAGUUCGGGAAGUGUCUGGGGAAACAUGGUGGCAUAAAGGGCGAUGAAAGUGUGGUGUAUUCCAUCUGGGAGCGAGAGCCUGGCAAGUUGUGUUCGUUAUGCGGGUCAUUUGUCGGGGAGGCGGAAGAUGUGCUUUUAUUGGGUAGGGCGCAUGUGGGUCUUGUGUGGGAAUUCUUACUGGCAGGGAAUAAUGUCAUUGCCUGUGACGAGUCGGCAAAGGACAUUGCAUACUUGACAAAGUUCAUCGAUAUACUUGUCAAGGACGACAGAUUCAACUGCCACGUUGGAAAACCGCGUUGCAAACAUCGCCCGAAUAGGGACAUGUUCCACAAGUUGGGGCCUAAGAGAGUGAAGGUGUGGGAGUACCUGUUCCGCGAUAUGCCACAAGGACGGCUUGAUGGAAAAUAUAUAUACAGGAAAGCAAAGGCAACAGAGACACUCAACAAUUAUCACGGUGCUCUCACCGGCGCCUUUGAGACUUUUGUUGCUCGAUGCGAGAUCCUCAAGUUCGAUCUUCGCAAAGACCAAUUGACGUCCAAGGACUACGAGGAGCUCGCGAAAUCGGGCGAUGGCUUUAACCCCGUCGACAGCGAGGAAGAUUCUUCACACUCCGACCUCGAACUGGGCGAGGACACAUGUGCUGAGGUUCCGCGCGGAGGAAUGGUGCAAGCUCAUGAUGACGGAACUGCCCAUUCGCAGGAAGGGUUCAUCCCGGUGGCCGCCCCAAGCGUCGCCUCAAUGGUGGCCCCGUCGGAGACUGCUGCAUUGCAAGACAAUAGAAGAUGCAGUGACAAUGAAGAAGACGACAUUGAGAUACCACGCGAGACGUCGACGCUCACACCAGGCGAUGCAAUUCCUCCAGGCUACUGGCAGAGCGAGGCCGCCAUCAAAGCCAAGGCCGAAGAAUUGUUCCAUGUCUUGCGCGACAAUCGGCAACUGGAGUACAGCAACAAAUUUUAUGCCCUGCGCUCGAGUCCCUCACGCGGGUCAAUCAACUUGAAGGUUGAUCAAACCACCAAAACCUUGGAGGGGAGUUGCUCUCAUGAUUUCAUGCCUUCGGCUGAGCCGGCCUCCGUGGCCGCGCAAGCAGGGCACAGGGGAGAUGACGGGACUACUGUUGUCGGGCCUCAAGAGGUUGACAUGACGUCAAUGACGCAAAUAUCGGAAAAAUCCAUCUCGGUCGCCGCGGCACAAUCGUCCCCGCCCAUCGAGGUGUCAACGACGUUGCCGUCGGAUGCAGGUGCCACGUACGGGAGUUUAUUGAUAACAAAUGCUGCAAUGCAAGGCAGAUCCGAGAUCGAGUCUGAAUCUUAUAUUGGGCCGAGCGUGGCAAGGAGUCAGUUGCAACCGUCUUUAUGCACUGGCAAAGGUGAUGCACAAUCACCGCUGACACCACAGGGAGGGGCCGGUGGGGAUGGCGGGAAGGGAGGGGAUGUGGAGGGAAUGCACCGUUCUCGCAACCUCGACACCUUAACCAUUGAUAUUGAUUAAAAGGGUGAGGAUGAGUUAGGCGGGAGGGGUGCAAUUGGAGGGGGAGAAUCCAGUGAUAUAAUUACAACUUCACCUUUAUCUUGUUGAACGAAAUUGUGUAAUUGACUUGGUUCGUUGUUUUGUUUAAAACUGAAUUCGUAUUAGUCUCCGUAGGCACCAAUUCUACAUCGUUUUUCCAUUUAUGUAUAUAUAUAUAUUUUUCACCUCAAAUUUUUAAUAGACCUGAGAUGUUUAGAUUGACUGCCCGUCUCGACGUCCAGUAACAAAUCGUG